CCGCCCGCACCCCGACCGCGGAGGAUGAGGAGCCCGCAGCGACGAUUGAUAGAAAUAUGCAUUUCCGUAGUAUCACCUUUGAACUAAUGAAGUGGAAGUACAGAUGAAAACAGUCUGGAGGAAGCUUGAAGUACAAUACAGUUUCAUUCAGUUUCCUAAUUCUGAGGUAAGGAAACAGAGUUCAAAAAGUUGCAAAAUCAUCUUUGCAGUCAAGCACCAAAUCUUGUAUUAGGCUUCACCGAACAGACUAAGCUCAACGUUUGUCAAGCAGAAGGGCCGCUGCCUUGCACAGGAAGGAUUAAAAGUGAACAAUGACUCGACUAAGAGUUUGUGAGCGAUUGCUUGGAGCCUACCUGCUUAUCAUUUUACAUGUUCAAGGACAAAAUCUAGACAGCAUGCUGCAUGGCACUGGAAUGAAGACAAAUCCUGACCAGAAGAAACAAGCAAAUGGGGUAACACUUGCUCCAGAAGACACCUUACCGUUUCUUAAGUGCUACUGCUCAGGACAUUGUCCAGAUGAUGCUAUUAAUAACACGUGCAUAACUAAUGGGCAUUGCUUUGCUAUUGUUGAGGAAGAUGAACAUGGGGAACCAACGCUUGCUUCUGGUUGCAUGAAGUAUGAAGGUUCAGACUUCCAGUGCAAGGAUUCACCAAAAGCACAAUUACGUCGGACAAUUGAGUGCUGUAGGACUGACUUCUGCAAUCAGGAUUUACAACCAACUUUACCACCACUUGAUAGCACAGAUGGACUUUUUGAUGGCAGCAUUCGUUGGAUGGCAGUGUUGAUUUCUAUGGCAGUCUGCAUAAUUGUCAUGAUCAUCUUAUUUAGCUGUUUUUGUUACAAGCAUUAUUGUAAGUCAAUGGCAAAGAGGCACUGUUAUAAUCGUGACCUGGAACAAGAUGAAGCAUUUAUUCCAGCUGGGGAGUCAUUAAAAGACCUUAUUGACCAGUCACAGAGUUCUGGCAGUGGAUCAGGACUACCGUUGCUGGUUCAGCGCACUAUUGCCAAACAAAUUCAGAUGGUGAGGCAAGUUGGAAAAGGACGAUACGGUGAGGUGUGGAUGGGCAAAUGGAGGGGUGAAAAAGUUGCAGUCAAAGUCUUUUUCACCACCGAAGAAGCCAGUUGGUUCCGAGAAACAGAGAUUUACCAAACUGUUCUAAUGCGUCAUGAAAACAUCCUUGGUUUUAUAGCUGCAGAUAUUAAAGGAACCGGAUCCUGGACACAGCUGUACUUGAUUACAGAUUAUCAUGAAAAUGGAUCACUCUACGAUUUUCUGAAAUGCACUACACUAGACAACAGGGCUCUCCUCAAACUGGCAUAUUCUGCUGCGUGUGGUCUGUGCCAUCUACACACAGAAAUAUAUGGGACACAAGGCAAGCCUGCUAUUGCACACAGGGACCUGAAGAGUAAAAACAUCUUGAUAAAGAAAAAUGGAACCUGCUGUAUUGCUGACUUGGGUCUUGCAGUCAAGUUUAACAGUGACACAAAUGAAGUUGAUGUUCCCUUGAAUACUAGAGUGGGAACAAAACGUUACAUGGCUCCAGAGGUCCUAGAUGAAAGCCUGAAUAAAAACCAUUUUCAACCAUAUAUCAUGGCUGACAUCUACAGUUUUGGGCUAAUCAUUUGGGAAAUGGCUCGGCGUUGUGUCACAGGAGGUAUUGUUGAAGAGUAUCAGUUGCCAUACUAUGACAUGGUGCCAAACGAUCCAUCCUAUGAGGACAUGAGAGAAGUGGUGUGUGUCAAACGUCUACGCCCAGUAGUAUCUAACAGAUGGAAUAGUGAUGAAUGUUUAAGAGCAAUAUUGAAAUUAAUGUCUGAAUGCUGGGCUCAUAAUCCUGCCUCAAGACUCACUGCCUUGAGGAUCAAGAAGACGCUUGCCAAGAUGGUGGAGUCACAAGACGUCAAGAUUUGACUUAGUAAAUUGACAUUGGAGAGCAAAGCUGGACUCCUAGAACUUUUUCACCCAAACAUGGGUGAGACCUAUGUGGAAAGAGGAAAUAACUGAGAUUCAGUAUAUUUUCUCACCACGCUUCUACAGGCUGCUAAUCCAAUCUUUCAGUACUUCAUUGACUGUGAUACUGAGAGCCUCUGUACACUACAUGCUACAUAUAUGGACAGCCUUGGUAAAAUACACAUUUUGUUUUUGUUUGAGCUGCAUUGAGACUUCAGUCACAUUUAGUGAGUCUCCAGUAAAACUCUGGGUACUGAAUUGAAUGUUCAGAUUACAGUGCUUUCUGUGAAAGCCUAACAAGCUAUAUGGAUUCAACAGAGAUGGAGAAUAUAAGCUUUUUAUUUGCCUCUACCUGAUAAAAACCUAGUCAAUCCAUAACAAGUUUUUGUGAAACAGCUUGUAGGUUAUGAAUCUGUUUGUGAUACUACUCAGUUUAACAGUUCCUUAUGCCUUUAUGUGUGUGCCAGGAUUAUUUUGCUGCCAUUUGGAAUAGGUAAGAAAACAUUUAAAUGAACGAAGUUUUAUUAUUGGGGCUCUAUUGUGUGGCUCCACAAUUAGAGUUUUGCUACAGAAUUUACUCCUUGCCAUUAAGUUAUCCUUCAAAAAUACCAGUUUUAUUUGAACUCUUGUUUUGGUCACAAGGAGAACUGCUAAAAUGUGAACAAUUAAUAAAUUAAGAAAUACCUACCUAGUCUGUAGAGCACUUGAAACAAUCUUCUCUAGAGGUAUAGACUGCCUUGGUCAUCGUGCUUACAGAAUAGUGGGCUCCAUAAUUGAAUGACUAUGAAAUUUGGUAUAUUCUUCACAAUGCCACAUGCAGCCAGUAUUCUUGCUGUAGGGUACUUUAUAUCUGAACAGAAAGGCCACUGAUGUUGUAGUUUUGCCUUUACACUUUAGUGGAACUCAAUGGUAGGUGUCUGUCAUAGUCUGAACUUUUCCAUACAGGAGGGAAUUAGUCAGCUGUAGAAGCAUGCUUUCUCACUGUUUGACAAAACUAGGCAGAAGAUAAGUUUUUAAAGGCUUGAGAACCAGUAUCAUUUUAAGAUACAAAAGGAGGAAAGUUUGGAAGAUUAGAGAAUGCAAUAAAGGUCAAGACCUGCAGAACAGAAUAUGUGAACUGUUGAAGGUAAGAUCCACAACAUGCAGAAGAUUUUGGGCUGGGUUGCUCUGAUGUAAACAUAGGAGGUCAAGUCUGUGGGACACUUAGUGGACAGUUGUAAAAUUCAAGAAUUGAGAAAAAGUAAAUCAGUGGGUGUUUUACGUUCUAGUUAGCCACAUUUUUGAGGAAUGGCAUUGAAAGAUACUUUAUGAAGAUACAAUAAAUUAGUAUAAUUGCAAAAUUUGGUCCUGUUGUGCCAACUGUUUGGCAUGCACAAGAAACUGUAGUUCCUUCCUUUUCUCCUCUGAUCCAGACAAGUUGGUUAAAACGAGAACCCCUCCAUGAGGUUACUGUAAGGCAGAAGUAAUGAUUUAUAAUUUCUUUGGCACUUCUACUUUGAAGUCAGAAAAUAGUACAAUAAAGUUGAAGCUUCAACUGCAUGAAUCAUCAGAAGAAUGAAAACACAGUAUUGGAAUCAUUGAACCUAUUUGAUAAUUUAAGUGCCUAUAACUUUGUACUGUAAAUCUUGUUCUAGCUAACUUUAAAAAGGGAAGUUAUUUAUACAGUGUGUUUUGUGCUUUAUUAAAAAAAAAAAUCUAGUCCUAUGUACAUGUGUAUAAUUAGAUACAUGCGUGCACACACACAUAUAUGCCAUAGCUGAGAUUUGAAGAAAAAAGGAAUAAUAUGAAAAUUGAAUAAAAAAUGUUAAAACUUCAGAUUGCUUUAUGCCAGAUUAUCUUUUGUCUUAAAGUAUGUGCAUGGAAAUUGUUUUGUUAUGUUUAAAUUUCCCGUGAAAAUACAUCUGAUAAAAAAGUGUAAUGCAGAACUAAUGUGAUUUGUGAACAACUACAGCCUUCUAACAUGCUUUUUUCUUUCUAAUUCUGUAGUACACAUAAUGUAAAUGGUCAGGCAAAAGAUAGCAGUAUUUUUAUUUUCUAUUGUGAUGUACAGACUUUAUUUAACAGUGCUACAUAUUUUAUAGAUAACUAGCUAUUUCAAGGGACAUUUUUUUAAUAAAGUCAUUACUUUUGUUCAGUAAUGCCUUUAAGUAUUAAUAUGUAUUCUGGCUGAAAAGUUCAUAGGGGCAUCAACUAUAAUUUUAAUUUAUUUGAAAAUCGUAAAAAAUACACAAUAUUGUGCCACAACUCUCAUGGUAAAGGGAUUUUUAAAAGAAGGUUUCUCCAUCCAUUGCCAAGAAAUACAUGACGCAUUUUAAAUGGUUAAUCAUGUCUUUGCGCAUAAUUUUUGCACAGGUAGUUGAAAAAUAAUUGGUAUAAGCCAAAAAAGUAAGGGAUAAGCUUUUUUUUAUUUUCAUCUCUAGAAUUUUUAUUAAUAAGAAGGAGAAAUGUUUAUGUAGAUACCCUGCUAGCUUAAACUUUCAGAGUAUGGAGAUGUUUAAAUUAACCCACUCCUAUUUUUGUUUCUUUCAGAAGUUGCUACAGCUUUAUAAGCAGUAAACUUUUUAAAAAUCAGUUUCUCUCAAAUCUUCAGGAAGCCAUUGGUGGUAGUGUAAGUGAAAGAAGGAAGUGUGAAUUUCUAUAGCUCUUAAUUAUUCAUCUGUUUUCUCCUCUAUUGUUUAGGCUUUUGCAAGGCAAUAGGAUGGUGAUCUUUGGUAGACAUCUUAAGACUUGAGUUGAUUUAUCCAUCUAUUUUAACACAGAAGAAGUAAGCUGACUGCUGCAAAGAUGAUCUUUGAUACUUGUGAGGAAAAAAAAAAAAUCCUUAAUCCUUAAGCUUAAUUUUUCAGCACUUCAGUUAGUAGGUUUGUAUGCAAACAUAUGUUGCACGUGCAGUUUUCAUUGUCAUGAAGAGCUGCUAGAUGUUUAGGUAUUUUUUGAUUCCUUAAUAUUCAAAAAAAAGCUCACUGCUAAAGGACCUGGUUGCAUAAAGCACUUGGGCACAUCUACAUUCUUUGCAAAGUAAUUCACUGAUGGGAGCUUCAGUGUGACUAUACUGAUAUUUUAGCUAUUUAAGCAGAUCUUAGCUCUAAACCAGCCUGUUAAUUAUAACAUAAUUAAACAUACUCUUAAUCUAAGCUGUUGCUUUAUGCAAUACCAUAGAAUUCAGAAGCCUUUAAGGUUAGGGUGUGUAAUUGGAUUUGUCUGUCCUUUGUUUACCUCUUUGGAUGAAAUUUUAAGGAUUUGUCAUCUUUAAAAAAAAAAAAAAAAGUCUUCUAAACCUAGUGGAUGGUUUAUGUAUGCGCAUAAAUAUAUAAAUAAAAAAUCAGAAAUGUGGAAUAAAUGUUGAGAGUAUUAAGGCUGCCUUAGAAUUUCUUACACUCACAUAUGGAAGAUUUGUUUUAAAUUUAACCUGCUCCAUGUGAUUUUAGUUAGCUGGAAAAUAAUUUGAGUAACUUACACAAUUAUUGCUCUUACAGUAGUGGAUUUUUUUUGUGUUCCUGGCUAACUUGCAAAUUCUGAUAUUGCCACAAUAAAAUAGGCUUUCCUUUUGAUUUUUUUGAGUUUUACUCAAAAUGUUAUUUUUCCUGAGUUUUACUCAGGAAACAGACAAUUUUCCCAAAAUGCAUCACUUGUUUUUUAAUCAUCCUGAUUAUUUUCUUGAUUAAUCUAUCUUGAAAUAAUCUAUGAAGUGUAAAAUGAAUGUUAUAAGUUACCUCCGUUAGAUCUUGAUCUAAGUGACCAAUUGAAUGUGUUUGUAAAGUGAAUCAUUGGGACACACUUCAUCUACUCUAUAGACUGUAUUUCAGCAGUCUAAAAUGUUUGAAAAGCAAAUAUGGUAAUUAUUUUUUUUAAUUGGCUAUAGCAGACAUUUCUAAAGGGAAGUUAUACUCAUCUUCAGUCAAAUAUUAGAAUGGUUUAGCACAUCCUCAUUCUUCUGAGAGUGCCUUUGAAAUCAAUAGAUUUUAUCUGGUGCCCACAAUCUUUAUUCCAAAUAGGGAGUGAUGUCUGAAAUCAGCUGGCAGUGUUGCAUGAUACAGUGCUUUAUGGAGCCAUGGUGUAUUAGCCUUGUUUGGUAUAGCAGAAGUGGAGUGCACAUUACUUUUAAUUUUUGAAAAAAUUUUAUGUAAUUGUUGCUUUGUAAUAUUUUAUCUUUGAAUGCAGUUACAAACACCCACAUCAUGUAGAAGUGACGUUUGUGCUCUGACAUGCCGUGCCCAAAAUAAAAUGUACUAUAUUGUAUACAAGAAGAAUAAAUAACAUUGUAGUUAACGUAUAGAAGAUGUAAAUAAAAUAAGAAAGAAGAGUGGAACAAGGUAAAUGGUCACACUCUCGUGUGUUAUAUGCCAGAAGUGUAGAAUACUCCUUUAAAAAUGUAACACGCUAAUGUAUUUUGUACAGCAUCUGCUUUAAAAGGUGCCUUACUGAGUUUACCAUGAAUUGCUUGUUCUGUACACAGAUUAUGUCCAAUGUAUCAUUUUUAAGUAAAUAACCUUAUUUUAGUACACAUUAGUAAUGUGUUUUGUUACUAUAACAUUUUGCCUUAAAAAUGUAAUGGCUUGGAAGUCAUAAUAUCCUAACUAAAUACUCCCAACUUUUUCAUACUUUGUACGUGUGUUUUUCCCACAGUUCUUGAGUAAGUUGUGAAUGGUAACUUUGACUACGCAAUGGGGUUCAGAAUUGCUUAGUUAAGGUCUGUAUUCCUUGGCCUAAAUUUGAGCACAAUGGUAAAACAGAAGUUUCCCUAGUCUGAUUUUUAUACUUGGCUUAUAGCAAAGCCAGAAACAAGUGUAAGUUGAAUAUUUCUCUUUGAACAUGUGCAAGUUGAAUACAUGCUACUUUUAUCUACAUAAAUUCACCCUAGUCGACCCUAGUCGGUCGAGCUCACCAAGUAAAAAACGAAAAAUAAAGGGAUGAGGGGUUCUGUACAUGUUUUCCCUCUGUGAACGCCAUUCUUUUUGUGUAGUUUUAUCCAAAUAAUGAGAUUUCAGCUAAUAUGUGCUGUUGGUUACAGAGUUUUUCAGUUGUUUCUAUAUAGCUUAAGUUCAUUUUGCUUUAUAGUUCAAGUAAAUGAAGACCAAUGAGGGGGAUAUCUUCUCUGUGAGUACACAGUUCUAUAAAAUCUCAGAAUGUGUUUUCUCAUUGCAGUAAUGCACCAGCUACUAAACUGCAUAUAGAGUUCAGGUCUAGUUUGCAAGGAGGAAAAAUAAAAUGAAUUUCUACCCCUUUUCGUCCGUGUAUAGGUAUGUUUUUAUCAGGCAUAAUCUUUUCUUCAGACUUAGCUUUUUACAGUAGCUGGAAAUGUUUCAUAUCUGAACACCACAUAAACAGGUACCAGUAUAUUAUAAAAAUUACAACACUUUUCCAUAACUUCAAGUGAUAUAUUUGUGCAUUAGUGUUCUAGAAAGUAUUGUAUGUAGUUUUUCCCCUCAACACAUAAUAGCAGAAAUUUACAGAGCACAAAGAUUUGCCCUCUUUACAGUUAGUAUUUUGAAAGAGGAAACUUUCUCUCACUGUUGUGGCUAUAGUUUGUAGAGUAUCUUCACAGAUUGCACUGAUUGUGGUUGGGAUGAAAAUUGGGUUUUAAAAUCAGAUUAUAGGAGGACAUAAUUAAGAUACUGUGGGUAACUAAAACUUCUGCACCAGUCUUUGUUUUGACCAAGCAACCUAAUGUAGCUCCUUGAAAUGGCCACAGGAUGGUGCCAUAUCCUAAAGAUAUGAAAAUCUUUCUGAAAAAAAAAAAAAGUUUUUAGAUAACUGAAAAUGACAAACUGCAAAUUGCAGAAGCAUCACUGUUUACAUUAAGGAUUGGGUUCAAUUCCGUAAAUUUCAUUAAUCCUUUAGCUUUAUCAUCACAGCACCCCAAAACCCCAUUUCAGUCCAUCUCACUGAUGUUAAUGUUGUCUUUCAAUGUGUGACUCAGAUUCAUGAGAGAACUGUCAUUAUAGGUGGAUCACCUUAUGAAACUGGCUCAUGAGGGGCGACCAAUGUGGAUUUCAGAGGCUGGCAUGAUGUGGAAAUGUGAAAUGGGUUCUGGUGAACAGAAUACAGGCAUUGAUGGGUAUAUGGAAAGUAAAAUUUUUGAUACAGUGGGUACUUGAAUUGUGAGUGAAGUAAGGAACUCAUCUUAGUAAUGCAGAAGGAAAAAAAAAAAAAAAAAAAAAACAUGAAGAGACUAAUUUUAAAAUGCAAAGCACUAUAAGAUACUGACAUUCAUAAAGCAGUAAAAGUUUCACUGACAAAAGUUAGAUGAAGACAUGGAAAUAUGUAGGGCACUUUUUUUUUUUUUAAUAUCUUUUUAUAAAGCUUAGUGGUUUCAUUUGGAAAUCCAGAAUCUGGAACUAGCAGCAAGGUUUUCUGGCAGUUAGAGGAUUUGGGGGAAGUACUACAAGAAGUUGGAAAAUAUUUUUAAGUAUGAGUCUCAGGUUGAUGAUAGUGGUGGGUGGGUAUAUAAAAAAAAAAAAAAU